CAAUAAGAAUCAAAGAUGAUAUUGAUGGUGAACGACCGAAAGGGUCAACAUGGUGGUUCAAAAGAACCUCUUUGAGGGCCUUUUCCGGUGGGUAUGCGUGUUCUUGCCGUUGACUAUGAUCGAGCUUGUCUCAGAAUGUUGGAGCAGAUGCUUUUGAAAUGCCGUUAUAAUGUCACGGCUACAACUCGAUCAAGAAAGGCGAUAGAGAUGCUAAGGGAAAACAAAGUUAUAAGCGAUGUACAUAUGCCAGGCAUUGAUGGCUUUCAGCUUCUUGAACUAGUGGGACUUGAGAUGGACCUACCAGUUAUAAAGGCUGUUCCUAGAAAAUUUCUUGAACUGAUGAAUAUUGAAGGGCAAGCCAUCUUUAGGUAAAAAUUCAAAUUCCCUCUUUAUCAUAGGCCUUAAUUUGCAU